AGGGUCUAAAAUGUUUGGACCCUAAAUGUUUGGAUGAUGAAUGGCCGACAGUCGGCCGACUCUCGCCCAACAUUGGCCAAAUGUCGGCCCACUGUCGGCCAUUCCUCAUCUCCUGCCAGGGACGACACAUGUCUCAAAACCCUCCCCCCUCAUUUUUUCCGCAGAUCGUCAGACACAUAAAACUGAGGACUCCUUUAAUUUUAGGUUAGUUCUAAUUUGUCAUCUAACACAGUAGUCACUUCGAGCUCCAAAAUUCUCUGUCGACUCGGUUGUUGAAUAACUAGUGUUUCUCGAUUAAAAUAUCAGUUUAGGUUAAGAAUAAACGAUUUGAUAUAUCAACAAACCGAGAAUAUUGAAUUCACUGAUGACCUCCACUAUUUUUUCGAUAGUUAAACAACAGACCAAACAGUAAAUACGAGAUCUACAUGACGAUGAGUUAUGACCUAAAGGUCCCACGAUGCUCCAGGAAAAUAAAAGGAGUAAACACAGAUGAGUCGAUACACAUUUGUAUAUUCUUGGAUUACAGGCUGCAUUGUUUUAUCCGUGCGAAUCGCGUGAUGUGGACAAACACCUGGCGACUACGACAAUGUAUAAAAUAUGUUGUCACAUGUACAACAACGCGAGAAUUCGUCAAGUGAAUACCAAUAGUAAUCAACUGGCGAUGGUACCUCAAACUCGAAUAAAAAAAAAUCGAUACGAUCGAUCGAUCAAAGUAGGAGAACGUCAUGUGAAGCAAUCACCACUUCUGUCAGAGUAGAUUGGAAUCUGGGGGCGUUCGCACGUACCUUUGACGUUCAAUUCACCAUCAAAAUGAUUAAUAAUAUUGGGAAAGAUGAUAAUUUCCUGUCAUGUAAAAAUGGCAUCAAUUUUUCCGUCUCGUUGAUCCUGUUGAAGACUAUCUUCAGUGCAGUGUCUGUGGUCCUCGUAACCGCAAAUGAAGAGACUGAUUAUCAUACGCCUUUGAUUAAAGACAUUUAUGAUAAACGUGGAUCUUGUGGAAUAAUUCUAGCAUCAGCGGAAAAUUAUCAGUCCUUCGAGACCCUGACCAUCUGGCACGGAAUAUUUAGUACUCUAUCAAACGAGGGAAUACCAACAGUUAUGAUCAGCUUCGUGCAGUUCGAAGAGAGAUUCAAGUUUUACGCUGGACGAACCGUUCGACCGCUCGUAGUCAUAAUUUUCGUCACCAUAGAGGAUGUCCAGAGUUUUAGCACAAUCACGAGAGAUUUGGACAUGAGCUACGCUGUCUGGUUAUUAUUAUUUAUGGGGGAUGCCAGCCCGGACGUUUGCGCAUUUUGUCAGAACCCACGAGGAAAUUUACUGAACCUCAAGUAUGACUCGGAAGUAUUCGUUUCGUGCUGUCAGUCGAAAUUUAUUGAGGAAUGGUGGUCGGCAUUGACAGAGCAUACUAACAGUCUGGAGCUGGGCCGAUGGACCGGUGAUCAGCGUCGAAUCGAGUGGUUCUUCAGUGACUCCCUGUACAGCAGGAGGCAUUCAAUGGAGGGACAAGAAUUUCGUAUCGCCGCUGUCAAAACGUCGGUCUACUUCUGGGAGUGGAACAACAAAUAUUACGGAUUUCUCGGUGAAAUACUGAGGGAACUAUCCGAUUCCUUGAAUUUUACGAUACCACCAGUGACUUGGGAUCACACUUACGGAGCUUGGAAUCCAGAAACAUCAAGUUGGACUGGUGUCAUUGGAAAGCUCGAGCAGAACGAAGCCGAUUUGGCGGUAUCAGAAUUUCGGAUCACUGAAGAAAGACUUAAUGUAGUUGACUACACUGUUCCAAUAGGCGUUGGUGGGACACGAUUGUACUUGAGAAAACUUGAUGCUGCUCGUCUCCAGUGGAAUGCUUAUUUCAAGGCGUUUGCAGUGGAUGUGUGGAUGGCUAUUAUCGGCCUGAUAUUGACAAUUCCGAUUGUCUUGACCCUCAUGAGGUACAGGAAGAAACGCUGCUAUCUACUCCCACUAGCCCUUGAACAUUAUUUAUGCAUUUGGGGUAUUUACUGUCAACAAGGAUUAUCAGUCUUCCCGAAAGAAACAUCUCUGAGAAUCGUUUACCUGUCGAUAUUCGUAUCAGCAUUGGUCAGCUCAGGCGCAUAUUCCGCAUCACUCAUAAGUUUCCUCGCCGUCUCAUCCUCAUAUUCACCGUUCAAUACUAUAGAGGAAUUUGUGGCAGACGGUAGUUACCAGUUGAUAGUACUGAAAGAUAGCCCAGAUUACCAUAUGUACAAGACUUCCAAUCAAACGCUGAUGAAGAAGAUGAUGUCCCUCAUGAAACCAACCGAUCUAUUGCCUCGAAGCUAUCAAGAAGGAUUUAAUCAGGUAUGUACGAAGAGGGUGGUAUUUUAUACCCACGAAGCUAUAAGGAGGGCUAUGGUCAAUUUAAUACCUUGCGAAAUUACUGCUAUUAACACCGGCAAAACCGAAACACUAGGAAUGGCCCUUCCACGAGGUAGCGAAUGGAGAGGACUUAUUAACUAUCAGAUUCGGCGAUUCGGCGACAACGGAAUGUUACAACGAUUGGGUUACAAAUACUUCACAGAAUACAAUCGGAAUGACCUUCGACAUCCCUCAGUACAUCUCCAAGGGAUCAUCCCCAUCGUAGCAGUAUUAGGUGCUGGAUUGCUGAUAGCUUCCGUAAUCUUCAUCAUAGAAAGACUAUCCUAUUCCUCCAAGAAGACGUCACUGAAUCCACGUCGACGAAAAAGUUUCUAAUCACAUUUCGAACUCGUAUUCCCUCAAAAUUUUAUCGUAAACGCGUUCAGCUUUUUUUUCUGUAUUUUGGAGUCAAAUAAUUUCCCCACCGAAGAGGUCAGACAUAAAUUCCCAAUCACGAGAAUUCCAAUUCAUUAGCCUAUUCAAAAGUUAAAGAGUGAAAACAAAAGUAUCACACUCCCAGUGCGACGUACAAUCACAAUAUUGUAUGUUAAUAUCAUAGCGUAAAAUAGCAUUAACAAUAAAAUAUAUUUACGAUUAAAAGUGAUUGUUGUAAUUCCUGAUCAUUUUGGAAAACAAUGUCAACGAUACAAUAUAUUUAUAAACGAAAAAAAUUCUGGUGUACUAAGAUUACUCUGUAAAAAUUACUUUUGGCACACCGAUAACCACAACAAUAACAAGUAAACAAUACAUAAAAACGAGAAUUAUUCUGUCGCCAGUGAACGUUGUAUGAAGUUAUUUGAGCACAAGUGAAUUUAUCCAUAAAGUGUUUAUGACAAAUGUCACUAGACUGAGUUAUUCUGACGUAAUUUUUUAUGUAAAAAUUAUUUCGACUAGUCGAAUCUAAAUCAUUAGAAAUUUUGUUGGUGAAAUUGAUCUCGAAUCCCCAAAAAUAAGAAAUUCUUCCCUUUCGCUUACGAUUUGUACUAAAAAUUUUUGAAUUAUUCCUACUUUUCAACGCUUUAUUAUGAAAAAAUAUGGGAAAACCAAACGAAUAUAAAAUAUCACCAAUUAUAAAACAUCACCAUAUCCAUCAUCGAAUCUUAAACAUUUUCAGCAGCAGAAGAAUUAUCACAAUGGUUGAGAUCUCUCACCCCAUAAAUUCUUGUGCCCUCUGUAUAAUGAAAUUCAUUGAUGAACCUUAUUAUUUAAUCAU